AUGGAUCUAUCUACUGCAUUAAAUGUGAUUUCGACUUUAGAGUCACAACUAAAGGAAUUGGAAACUAUGAGCAAGGAUUACGAGUCUGAAAUGGAGCAAGUCAUCGAUAAACUGCGAAGAGAUUACGUCGAAAAAUGUGAUCAAUGGGAAUCACAAAGGACCCAUGUAACAGAACUGGAGAUUCGUGUUGAUGAAUUGGAAAGUGAGAAUGCAUUUCUAUCCAAUAAAAUAAAUUUCUUGGAAGAGGAGAACGACAGACAUUUAGAACGUAACGUACUGUUAGAACAUGAACUUUAUGAUGCAAAGGAAAGAUUAGAAAAUGUUGAUCACAUUGAUAGAAAGAAAAAAUUAAAACGAGAUAGUGAAUCUCUACAAGUUUCCACAUCCGGAUCUUCACUCCUUGUCAUGCCCCGAUCUCAUUCAACGUCUAAUUCAAAUGCAAAGUUAAAUACAUCUCAAGUAAUAUCGACUACUUCACAGAGGGCGAAACCUUGA